AUGGAAAAAACGAAUCGUAAAACAACAACGCCACUAGUAACUAGAAUCAAAACACAACUUUCACAUAGAACGCAUGUAGGUGAUCAAACAAUCAGUUCGUUAUCGAGUGCAAAAACAAACAAUAUUAUCGAAAAUAGUGGUAAUACAGAUAGUAAAACAACAACACCAAUAGUAACUAGAAUCAAAAGACAACCCUCACAUGGAGCGCCUGUAGGUGAUCGAACAAUCAGUUCAUUAUCGAGUGCAAAAACAAACAAUAUUAUCGAAAAUAGUGGUAAUACAGAUAGUAAAACAACAACACCAAUAGUAACUAGAAUCAAAAGACAACCCUCACAUGGAGCGCCUGUAGGUGAUCGAACAAUCAGUUCAUUAUCGAGUGCAAAAACAAACAAUAUUAUCGAAAAUAGUGGUAAUACAGAUAGUAAAACAACAACACCACUAGUAACUAGAAUCAAAAGACAAUUCUCACAUGGAGCGUCUGUAGGUGAUCGAAUAAUUAGUUCAUUAUCGAGUGCAAAAACAAACAAUAUUAUCGAAAAUAGUGGUAAUCAUACACAAUCGGAAUAUAAAGCAAAAUUCUUACCUGUGAAAGUUUCCACAAUACAACAACAUGAUAAGACUACAAAUGUAACAAGCGUUUUGGAUGACAUUUCGCCAACAUCAGACAUAGAGUUGCCAGGUCAAAGAUUAAAAAUGUGUUCACGAAAACCGUCUGGUUGGAAUAUCUACUAUGGUAUUCUUAUAUUUAUCAAUCUUUUAGGUCAACCAAUUGCUGACGAAGCCAAAUAUUGA